GUUAGAUUUAGGUUGCAAUUGUUUGGAAGACUAAAUCUAUUGYAUAUUGUCAUCGUAAUCCUUUGUAUUGUCAAAAUCGUCUAUCUUCAUAACUCUUAUUCAAAUGUUAUAACUCCUUUGAGAAUUCCAAGACAAUAGUUAAGCUUAGCAUAAGAAAAAAGCAACCGGAGGGGAUUCUGGCAGUGAAGAUAUAAAAAGUAAUCAGUCAGAGAAAUCAGCUGUUUUGAGGCAAGAUUUCCGUUCGUUGCAUCAAAACAAGCAAACAAUUCCAUCACAACCUUAGUCAAUUUUUACAGUCUCGAGAGUAUGAAGCAAAUUUUGGUCUUCCCGAUUCUUUUGGUGUAUGCUAUCGUAGUUGAGAUAAGUGCUGAAGAAGUUACGGUAAUGUGUYACAUGGAACCAAACAGAGUACCACCGAGUAACGUCAAGUCCACAGUGACAGGAACCGUCAAGCUUUCGCAGCAGUCUUCUUCAGCUCAAACCAAAUUCACUGUAAAAUUAAAUGGCUUGCCACCUUACAGUGUGCAUGGAUUCCAUGUGCACAACUAUGGGGACAUCAYCUCAAACGGUUGUCAGAGUUGUGGUUCUCACUACAAUCCUUUUAAUGCUACACACGGCGGACCUCGCGAUCGAAUACGACACGUUGGUGACCUUGGCAACUUGAUGUCUGACGACAAUGGCAGAAUUGAGGCAGAGUUCACCGACUCUUUGGUGUCUCUUCAAGGAAAUUAUUCUGUAAUUGGUCGCUCCAUCGUGUUACACGCCAAGAGAGAUGACUUAGGAAGAGGUAAAGGAGCAGCAAGAAAAGAGAGCUUAAAGACUGGUAAUGCUGGAGCACGUCUUGGAUGUUGCGCAAUUGUCUACGCAGCGCCGCCAGCUCCCUCAAACUAGUCCAAUGAAGAAACACAGGUUGCAAUUACCCRCUGUACGAUCUACGCUCUACGCUCUACGACAUAGGCAUGGAAAUAAAUAUAAUUGCUAACCCAUGUGAUGAAUAAAUGUAUCAGUUAGAAUAGCUACAUCAAUCGUGUCCCUUCCCACUAGGCUAGGGAGGGAUUUAAGAAAUAAAUCUGUCUUCCAUACUUGAAGAAUUCUAAUAUUUGUACUAAUGGAUUUUAGCCAUUGUGAAAGCGUUGAAUUGUGUUACUUUGUAAACCAGUUAAACAAGAAAUAUAACCAUAGUAAAUAAAACAAAAACAACAAA